CUGUAUUCGUGUUAUAUCUAUGAUUUUACUUCAUAACCUCUGACCUGAACGUUCCCAAACGUUCCGGGCAAAACUCUCUCGUGGCAGCCUGUGACAGCUAUUACCGUUGUUGACAAUCGUUGAUCAUUGCCACUCGAACAGCUGGUUAAAGUGUCACGUGUGUGCGGAUAUUUCUGCACGGGAUACAUCUUUCGGUGCCGAGUAUAAAAUCGGAACUAUGGUACUCGAUUUGGAUUUCUUCCGUAAAGAUAAGGGUUUCGACCCGGAGAAGAUCCGAGAUAACCAGAAGAAGCGUUUCAAGGAUGUGCAGCUGGUAGAUACUGUGAUCGAGAAGGACAAAUAUUGGCGACAAUUGCGUCAUCGUGCCGACAAUUUCAACAAGUUGAAGAACCUAUGCAGCAAGGAAAUCGGUGAAAAGAUGAAGAAGAAAGAGCCGCUCGGCGACGAUGACACCGUGCCCCAAGCGAUCACUGACGAUUUGGACAACUUGACCUCCGAGAGUCUGAAAAUGUUGACGGUGACGCAGAUUAAGAGAAUACGUACCCUCAUCGACGAAGCUAUACAGAAAAAUGAUGAGAAUUUAAAAGCCACUGAAUUAGAGAGGAAUAAUGCUCUCAGGGAGGUGGGGAAUCAUUUGCAUGAAUCUGUUCCUGUUAGCGAAGACGAAGAAGAAAAUAAAGUGGAAAGAACGUGGGGAGACUGCUCUUUUAAAAAAAAGUACUCUCAUGUUGAUCUGAUCCACAUGAUUGAUGGAAUGGAUGGAGAGCGUGGAACAGGAGUAUCCGGUGGACGAGGCUAUUUCCUUACUGGACCAGCGGUGCUGCUCCAACAAGCCUUAAUACAAUUAGCAUUGAGGAAAUUAUUUAAGAAAGGCUACAAGCCUCUUUAUACUCCCUUUACCAUGCGGAAAGAUGCUAUGCAAGAAGUGGCACAACUUUCUCAAUUUGAUGAGGAAUUGUACAAGGUGAUUGGUAAAGGUAGUGAACGUAACGAAGAUAAGGAGAUGGAAGAGAAAUACCUUAUUGCCACCUCCGAGCAACCAAUAGCAGCUUUUCAUAGAGGCGAAUGGCUAGCUGAAAACACUUUACCAAUAAAAUAUGCUGGAAUCUCUACUUGUUUUAGACAAGAAGUUGGCUCUCAUGGACGAGAUACUAGGGGUAUUUUUAGAGUGCAUCAGUUCGAAAAGGUAGAACAAUUCUGUCUUACCUCACCGCAUGACAACAAAUCCUGGGAGAUGAUGGAAGAAAUGAUUUCCAAUGCGGAAGAAUUUUAUCAAGCCUUAGAUAUUCCUUAUCGUAUAGUAAAUAUUGUAUCUGGUGCAUUGAAUCAUGCAGCUUCCAAAAAGUUGGAUUUGGAAGCCUGGUUUCCUGGCUCGGGUGCAUUUCGCGAACUCGUUUCGUGUAGCAAUUGUUUAGAUUAUCAAGCGAGAAGGCUGCUAGUCAGAUAUGGUCAAACAAAGAAAAUGAACACUACGACGGAUUACGUUCACAUGUUGAACGCGACAAUGUGCGCCGUGACGCGCGUAAUAUGCGCAAUUUUGGAAGUACAUCAAACAGAAACUGGCAUCAAAGUGCCAAAAAUUCUUGCGGAUUACAUGCCUUCCGAAUAUGAAAACGAGAUUCCAUUUGUGAAAGUUGCACCGAUUGACGAGAUUGAAACGAAGAAACAGAAAAAGCAAAAAGAAAACGUAUCUAAGUAG